AUGCACUACCUUGUCAGUUCUGAUGUGGAUCUGGAGAGCUUUCCAAGGAGGCACACAGGAAGUGAUAGGAAGAUAUGGAUGCCGGACCUUAAAGGUUUAUUCUCUGUUAAGUGUGCAAGGGAGCUGGUGAGGAUGAGAUAUCCGGUGCUGGAGGAAGCAGAUCUGUUAUGGAAGAGUGUUGUGCACCCUUCUUUGACAGCGCAAAAUUGGAUGUUUGUCAGGGGAGCUUGUGCAACUCUGGAUAAAAUUGAGGAGGAGUCUUUGGAACAUGUUCUUUGGAGCGGUAGUGCUACGAAUAGGGCUUGGCAAUGGCUGGAAGGUAUUUUCCAUAUUAUUCCUCAUUAUAACUUGCUUGCUGCUAACAAGAAAGCGAAAGGUCGUAGUAGAAUGGUUAAAGACCUGUGGUUAGUCUCAAUAUUGGUGCUGCGUUCGGAGCUGUGGUACCAAAGGAAUAAGAUGGUCUAUGAAAAGAAGAAGCCUUGCUGGACUUUCUUCAAAAAACGUGUGUUUAACCUCAUUCAUGAGUAUUCGGCUAGAAUGACAGGUUAUAUGUUCAACAAGGUAGAGGAUCUGGAGAUCCUGAAUUUUUUCAGAGUUAAAUGUCAUAGGGUGAAGAUGUUAGAGCCUGUUGAGUGUUUUUGGCAACCUCCUAUGCACAAUCAGCUCUUGUUGUGCUGUGACGGUGCCUCUAGAGGCAAUCCAGGGGUGGCGGGAGCGGGUGUCGUGGAGAGAAACUCUGCUUGUGAAGUGGUUGGGGCGAUGUGUGUUGGUCUGUGA